AUGAAGGAACAUUCCACAGCAGCAACAGCAGCAGCAGCAGCAGCGGCAUCAGAAGCAGCAGCAGAGAGCCCCAUAUCCUUCCUCCUAGAAACACCUACGCCACUAUCACCAGCAGCAGCAGCAGCAGCAGCAGCAGCAGCAGCAGCAGACGUACCUGUGUCUUUGGCAGACAACAGCAAGGAGACGGAUGACAGCCUGAACGAAUAA